AUGUAUAAGAACCAGCUACAAGAGCUGGCUCAGAGGAGCUGCUUUAAUUUGCCGUCGUACACGUGCAUAAGAGAAGGUCCUGAUCACGCGCCUAGGUUCAAGGCAACUGUAAACUUUAAUGGUGAUGUUUUUGAGUGUCCGAGCUACUGCACAACUUUAAGGCAGGCGGAACACUCGGCGGCAGAGGUCGCACUUAAUUCCCUCGCAAACCGUGGGCCGUCCAAUUCGAUGGCCGCAAGGAUUUUGGAUGAGACGGGGGUCUACAAGAAUUUAUUGCAGGAGGUCUCUCAAAGAGUAGGAGCGUCGUUGCCAACAUAUACAACUUUUAGAUCAGGCCUUGGACACCUACCUGUCUUCACCUGCACGGUAGAGUUGGCUGGCUUUACAUUUACAGGCGAACCAGCAAAAAACAAGAAGCAAGCUGAAAAGAAUGCAGCCAUGGCAGCUUGGUCAUCUCUGAAACAGUUGGCACUGCAAUCUGAGAGUGCAUCAUCUGAAAAGGUGAACAAUGAUGAACAGGAGCAUGUCACCGUAGCGCGUGCUGUACAGAAGUAUCGCAUAAAGGUAGUAAUGUAUGGUUUACCAUUUCCAAUUAAAAUUCCGACACAGAAACCUAGACCACCAAGUACACAGACCCCUCCAGCUAUGACAUCAAGAAUACUUCCCUUAAUAUGUCCAAAGUCAGCUUCUCGAAACAGACAUGUUAGUACAACGCUAAAGUACAAUCCAAUAUGCUCGAAGGCAACUCCUCAAAGUGGACCCAUAACCACUGCAGUAAACGAAUUGCCUAUUUGCACAAAGACAGCUCCUCAAAGCCACUCUACUAUUGUAAUUGUCAAUGACAGCCCCUCAUCAUCAGUGGAAAGCCCAAGGAGCCAACCCCAGAAAUUCCCUGAAACCGGAGCAGCACCCUACAUUCCUGUCAGGCAUUACAGGGCACACCAUGGGAUUGCACCUCCUGUGACAAUACGAAACGCAAUACCUGUUUUCUCUGCUCCACCACUUCCCCAGCCUAGUCAGGCACCGCAGAUGAGGAGACCUCCACCGGUGGGUGCAGCAUCAUCUGUCUGUGUACAGCAGGCUGUGCCAAUUUUUACUGCUCCAGUUCAAGUAGAGGAGCCACCAGUGUCUAAGGCUCCUACCGCUCCUCCGCCCAGUGCUGCUGCACGGGUAGGGGAGAUGGGGACUGCAGCGCAGGACAAGCUGCAGGAGGCAGUGCCAACUUUUACUGAUGCACCAGUUCGAGUAGAGGAGCCACCAGUUUCUAAGGCUCCACUUGCCAGCACAGUGGCUCAUAAAUAUGAGACGUGGAGUGCAGUCUUGGACAAGCUUCUGGAUGCUGUGCCUGGUUUAGCUGCUCCAGCAGGUCGAGCAGAGGAGCCACCAGUAUCUAAAGCUCUCAUGGACCCAUCUGCCAACACAUUCGUACAGAUGAAGGAGAAACAGCGUGCAGUCCAGGACAACCUGAAUGAAAAUGUGGACGUUGAGGAUUUGAAAGAGCUAAAGAUUUAAUUUCACGUAGAGAUCCAGGUUGGAAAAUUUUCUUCAUGUGGAUUGCAAGGACAUUUAUUAGAAUUUUGUAUUGGCUUUCUUCCUAUAGGAGUUUUAUAUACGCUUUGUUUGGUUUGGUUUGUUGUUAGAUAAGCAACAUGUCUCGUGAUCAUAUUCUGAGGAAUCUUCAAUGCUUAGGUUCCUGAGCCGGUUGGCGGCAUCCACCCAGUGAAAUUGGGUGUCUAACUAGUCGAUUGGUUUAUGACAUCGUGGGUUUCGUGAACCUCAUAUAUUAUAUAGAAUUUCAG